CCCUCUGUCGGCCGAGAGCAGUACUCGCCGCGCUGACAGGAUUCCCGAGCCUCACGCCCAGACUCCUGAGGAAAACGGAAGUCACAAGAAAGGGUUCUCCGGAACGGAACUGCCUCCGCCUGUAGUUCCUACCCGGACAAGAUAUUAAUUCGCAGUAAAGGACAGGCACAGCCAAGUUCGGAGAACCUGAUGAGCGGAAGUUCUGGUACGCGCACAGCACCCUGGGAGCGGAAGGAAGCGGUAAUUCCCGAAGCGCAUCAGGCAUUUACCGAUUCGUGCUGUGGGCAGCGUGCUGGUACCUCUAAUUGUUGGCCUUGUUUCUGCACGGAGGUCAGAAGUGGCAGAAAUCGCAGCGUCGCUGGGGAACCUGAGACGGCGUGUGUGCCAUGGUGAAGAGAUCCCGGCGGCGUGGAGCGGCCCAGUGGGCUGCUGUGCGAACCAAGGCUGGUCGCAUCGCUACGGACGAAAAUGAGGACGAUUUAGGAUCGCCACCCUCUCCAGGGAACUCCAGCUACUACCAAGAUCAGGUAGAUGAAUUCCAUGAAGCGCAGUUUCGGGCAUCCUUGGCUAGGGGCUGGAACGAAAUGGAGAGUGGGGAGGAGGAUGGCGAGGAGGAGGUGCUAGCCCUAGACAUUGAUGAAAACGACGAAGAUGGUGAGAGUUCCGGGGACGAGGAUGAUGAUGGUGAUGAUGAUGGUGGGAGCUCCGUACAGAGUGAGGCUGAGGCAUCGGUGGAUCCCAGUUUGUCGUGGGGUCAGAGGAAAAAACUUUACUAUGACACAGACUACGGUUCCAAAUCCCGAGGCCGGCAGAGCCAGCAGGAAGUAGAGGAGGAGGAAAAAGAGGAAGAGGAGGAGGCGCAGUUAAUUCAGCGUCGCCUGGCCCAAGCCCUACAAGAGGAUGAUUUUGGAGUCGCUUGGGUGGAGGCCUUUGCUAAACCGGUGCCUCAGGUAGACAAGGCUGAGACAAGGGUCGUGAAGGAUUUGGCCAAAGUUUCAGUGAAAGAGAAGCUGAAAAUGUUGCGAAAGGAAUCUCCAGAGCUCUUGGAACUGAUAGAAGACCUGAAAGUCAAGUUGACAGAAGUGAAGGACGAGCUAGAGCCAUUAUUACAGCUGGUGGAGAAAGGGAUCAUUCCAUCUGGAAAAGGAAGCCAGUACCUGAAGACUAAGUAUAACCUGUACUUGAACUACUGUGCCAACAUCAGUUUUUAUUUGAUCUUGAAAGCUAGGAGAAUCCCUGCACGUGGACAUCCAGUCAUAGAAAGGCUGGUUACCUACAGAAAUCUGAUCAACAAGCUGUCGGUUGUGGAUCAGAAACUGUCCUCUGAAAUACGUCAUCUACUCACAGUUAAAGAUGAUUCUGUGAAGAAAGAACUGAAUCUAAAAUCAAAAUUUACCAAAACAAAGCCAAAGUCUGUUUCACAGACUUCUGCUGCUGAUCUUUCUGAUGGUCCUGAUUUUGAUGACGCUGCACUAAAAUACUCUAAGGAAUUGUUAGAAAGGCAAAAGUUGAAGAGAAAGAAAGAAGAAAAUAGUGCAGAAGAACAGGCUUUUGAAGAUCAAAGUGCAAAGAGAGCCAUUACCUAUCAGAUUGCAAAAAAUAGGGGACUUACACCCAGGAGAAAGAAGAUUGAUAGAAAUCCCAGAGUCAAACAUAGGGAGAAGUUCAGAAGAGCUAAGAUUCGAAGAAGAGGUCAGGUUCGUGAAGUCCGCAGAGAAGAGCAACGAUACAGUGGUGAAUUAUCUGGCAUUCGUGCAGGAGUUAAGAAGAGUGUUAAGCUGAAGUAAAGUUGCUGCUUAGCUUAGUUUUUGACAGUUAUUUUAGAUCAAUAAAAGUAUUUUAAAUUUGUGAUUGUA